CGGAUGUUGAUAUAUUGCAUGAGAGUGAGGAAGGUGCAGAGGAACUAAUCAAUGCUUUAGCGGAUGCAGAGUGUUCAUCUGUACUCUUACAUAAUUUGGCUCGUCUUGAUGAACUAGUGCCAGAUGAGAGAGAUGCUGUACAUAAUACUUUAGGGAUAGCUGAAAAUAUAACUGAGUUUCGUCCUGAAUUAUGGGUUGAAGAUGCAAAACAAGGUUUCAUUCAGUGGAUUCUUAAGAGAUUGAAGAUGAAAAUGCCAGUCGAUGCCAAUAAACUAUAUGCAACAGAGAUUUUGUCAAUUCUUCUGCAGAAUACACCCCAGAACAGAAAAUUUUUAGGAGAACUUGAUGGCAUCAAUGUACUACUACAAGAGUUAGCUGUUAAGGCGUCAGAAAGAUCUGGUGCAGGAACAGCAGAAAUUCAUGUCCCUAAGUUGUGGUACUACAGUGAAAUGUUCUUCUUAGCAGAUGUGGAUGUACCAAGGGUCCCAAGAUCAGUGAAUUCCAUCCUCGAUGACAUGCCAUUUGAAGAUAGUGCUGAGAUGAGCGAUGAUGAAACUGAAACCAAUGUACCAAUUAAUGUGCCAUCGCCACUUUCACAAAGUAGCGUGGCUUCCUCAUCAAGGACUCCAAAAAGAAAAACCAAAGCCCAAGCUGACAAUCAAAACAUCGUUCAAUCCUUCCCUCUCCUCUGUUACUUACUCUCUUCCUGGUUACAAUUUAAUUAGAAAUUACCGAAUCAGCAUGCGAGGAGGUGCUGUAGCAAUUUAUUUGCGUUCUCACAUCCCCUUUUCGAUCAUUAACUCAUCACCACAGCCUCCACCUAGCAAUGCAGCCGAGCACCUCCUUAUAGAAGUUCUUCUCUCCAAUUGUAAGCUUCUCUUGGGAGUCUUCUAUUCCCCGUCAUCAUCGGUAGACUACUUUGCUUCCUUUGGAAACAUAACAACACAAUAAUCAUGGGUGACUUUAACACAUGCCUGCUGAAAAAAUGUGAGCCGUCACGGGAC